GGAGAAACGUGCCGCUUCCGCGUCGUGCGCGCAGCGGAGGCGCAGAAGAGCCACGGCGCAGAGGAGGAGCGCAGAGGCUCAGCGUGAGGGAAACAUGGACGAUAAGUUAAUUUUGGCCGUGUUUAAUUAUCCUGAGCUUUACAACGCGACUUUACCAAACUACCGCUGCACACAGAGCCGCGCAAACGCCUGGAAGAACAUCAGCCUGACGCUCGGACUGCCCACCGAUGAGUGCAAAAGAAAAUGGAAGAACAUGAGGGACCGCUACUUGAAAGAAGUCCGCCUGGAGAUAAAAAGUAAAUCACUUUUUGGAGAAACUGUUCAAAGCCGAUGGAGAUACAGGCAGCUGAUGAACUUCAUCGCACCUUUUACCGGGUCAAGAGUCGGUCUGACGGACAUGUCUCCAGAGGACGACCAGGACAACCACGACACGGAGUCUGGAAGUGCAGAAGGAGAUACGCCUACGCCUGAAGUGAUCAAGACGCCACAGUCCUGCACAAAAACCAACCAGCUCAAUCAAACCGACAUCAAACCGCAGAUCGCGUCUGUGGCUCAAGACGCACAAAUCGCUCAGUUGGCAGCUCUGGCCAAGAUCUCAUCAAGUAUCUCCCCAAUAAUCAACAAACCGGGACGGAAACGGCGAUUCACACGUGACAGUUUUCCUUCUACUGAUGCAACAAACACAAACGCCGCAGAACUGUCUUCGAAGUGGCUGCUAAAAGACAACGGCCCUUCGCCCGCGGCCACCAGGCCACGAGAUGAAGAUGAGCUGUUUUUACUGAGUUUUGUUCCAGCUCUUAAGAGACUCGCUCCUCAAAAAAGAUGUGAAACUAAAAUAAGAAUCCAACAGAUAAUGUAUGAAGCAGAAUUUAAUGUGUUUGAAUCUGAGAAACUUUCAGGAGACGCCCAAGACUGAAACAGAAAUAUGAACAAACCAAUGUGUUAAAUGAACAUCUUUAUUUACAAUGCAAUGUAUUGAUCUGUAGAGAAUCUGCACAUUCAGUGAGUGUAGUUAAGCUUCAUUUAUACAGUUUUUUACAAAGUCUAGUUGUAUACAGCGACAUGGUUUUACACAUUUGUCCAUAGAAUAAGAGACUAAUGUUUUUUGUAGGUAGUUUUGUAGAAAAGUUUGAUCUAAUGAAUAAAACACAAUAUGAUGCGUCUUUUAAACAGAUGUGAGUUUUUACUGUUUCAGGUCCAACAGCACGACCCUACAUUAAAUAAACAUUUGUAUUCAUGGCAUUUACACAUUUUAAAAAUCUGAUUUGC